AUGGCCGCACGCCCAGACCUUCUAAAACCAGUCUAUGCCCUCCUAGAUGCCCUCACAAACCCAGACCCAACAAACCCCAACCAGCUCCUCUCAACCUUCACAACAUCCCCCAAACCUGUAGCUCACGAACAUGGUCUCCCGCAACUAGCUCCCUUUCUAGGCCGUCCAUUCACCGGCCAAGAUGGGGUAGCAACUUACUUCGAGCUCAUCACCUCCCUCCUCUCUAUCAAGAACAUGGUCUUCGAGCCCGAUGAGAAUUGGGUGGUUGAUGGUAGCUGCAUGACUGUUUCGCUGCGUGGAACAGCAACAUUUGGCUGGAAGGAGACGCGGCAGGCGUGGGAUGAGACGUUCGUUUACCGCAUCAAGCUUGCGGUUGAAGGUGGUGGGUCUGGGCACGGGAGGCUGGCAGUUUGUGAAUAUCAUGUUUGGGCGGAUACGGGGGCUGCUUAUCUUGCUAGACUUGGGAGAUUGGGGGAUUUAACGGAAUCUAAGAGUGGUGGUAGUGGUGGAAGUAAUAGUGAAGGGAUUUAUUUGGAUUUCGAUACGGAUGGGACAGGGUGA